AAAAAAGAAAAAAGAAACCAUGGGUCCAAUUUUUUGCUGGAGGUAUCAAUUUGCACUGCUACCACUUAUGUUCAUCUCACUCGCAAAGAGUUGCGGCUUCUUCUCGCUUACAUGCAAUCAAACGUAUAUGUCCUUCAGCUUCCUCUACUCCAAGUGCCUGCCAAACCCUCGCGUUUGGACGUACCUCCCGCUUAAUCCCCACAUUGGGAACGAAAAUGGAGUUAUGGUGGUAGGGGAGGGCUUUGCCAGAAGUUGCGGAAGAUUUGAGAUGGUGGAGAUUGAGCAGACUAGCAUCAAGAUAAGGGGAGUGCUGGGAGCAGUGUGCCGCAACCGCAGUAACGUGCUUCUCACCACAGCAUUCGACCUGGACCAACAUGUAGAUAAUACGGCAGGAAAACUCACUUGGUGCUAUUAACAUCUGUUAUGUUGCUUGA